UGGUCUGACGGAUGAUGAGGCGGAGCAUGUGCUACAGGUGGUGCAACGGGACAUGCAGCUUCGUAAGACAGAAGAGACGCGACUCAGUGACUAACAUUGCAGUUAUAAACCUGGUAAGCAUUUUAUCAGUACAUGCAUUCACUGGGGAUAAACUAUGAGCUUUGAGUUGCUAGCUCCAUGGGUUCUGUUUGAGCUAUAGGAACCUAUGUAACGGCAGCAUAAUGCAUUCUAGUCAUUGCUAGAGCGCAGGAGGAAGUUCCCAUCAUUCCCAGGCCUGCUUUAAGAUAAAAUGACAGGAAGGGCUCUCCCUUUCCUAUUUAGCUGUGACUCACUUCCCUGAGCCCACCAUGGAUAUGGUUUCAGCUGUGGAGGAAUCUAAUUCUGUUUUUGCUACUGUAAGAUACAUUAGAGGCUUUAUACAUCAAGAAAAUACAAUUAUGUUCACAGCUGUGCUUUAUUGUGUAGCCUAUGAGUAUACAUGAUACACCUCCCAUCACAUAAUAGGAAAUAGGGUGCAUACUCAGUGUUCUUUCCUAACCCGCCUUUUAACAUAAUUGUUUCGUGCUAUCUAGAAAAAAGUGUCUAUAGAUAAGACUAAUUCACUUACCCAUGCUUUUCAUGUAAUGUUUUUAAUGGAUUUACAACGUGUAAUCUAUGCUUGAUUUCUCUCCCCCCUUUUCCCUCCUUUGUUUUGUCUUUCUUUUUUAAAAGUAUUUCACACUGGCACAAAGAAGCACAUUGCUGACAUUUGUACUUUUGGAUAAAAAACACAUUGUUGGUAAUGACUUUUUUGGCACCAGGAUUUUAUCUGAACGAUAAACAAGCAGCCUGACUGCUCUUUUCUCUCUCUCUCUCUCUCUCUCUCUCUCUCUCUCUCUCUUUCAAUCUCUUGCUCUUUAUUUCUCUCCAUUUCUUCACUUUUAUGAAUUAUUUUACGACCACAUCACAUGUGAAAAGUAACUAAAUGAUGUGCUUUAUGCAUGAAAUUAGACAGUCUUAUUCACAGUGCAUUAUGGGAAAAGACAGUAAACAAUGACACUGAAUGAACAUAGACACUGAAUACAAUGUUUCUGCAUCAGCAACAAAUUUAGAGACUAUAACAUAGGUCUUUCACAGCCUACUUUCAUGAGUAUGUUGUGAUUUCAUAAUAAAUUCAUGUAAUAUAUGAAAUAGGUCUAUUGUCUAGUUCUGUUCUGUUCUGUCCAGUCCAGUCAAGUCAAGUCAAGUCAAGUCUUGUGUAGUUUGUUCUUUUCUUUUCUCUUCUUUUCUGUCCAGUCCAGUCAAGUCAAGUCUUGUGUAGUUUGUUCUUUUCUGUUCCGUUCCGUUCUGCCUAGUCUAGUCUUGUGUUCUGUUGUGUUCUGUUCUGUUCCAAUUCAGUCCAGUCCAGUACAGUCUAGUCUAGUCUAGUCUAGUUUGUUCUGUUCUGUUGCAUUCUGUUUCAGUCCAGUCCAGUCUAUUGUCUAGUUCUGUUCUGUCCAGUCCAGUCUAUUGUCUAGUUCUGUUCCGUUCCGUUCCGUUCCGUCCGGUCCAGUUCUGUUCUGUUCUGUUCUGUUCUGUCUAGUCUAGUUUGUUCUAGUCUAGUUUGUUCUGUUCUGUUGCAUUCUGUUUCAGUCCUGUCCAGUCUAGCCUAGUUUAUUCUGUUCUGUUGUGUUUCAGUCCAGUCCCGUCCAGUCCAGUCUAGCCUAGUUUGUUCUGUUCUGUUCUGUCCAAUCUAGUCUAGACUAGUCUAGUUUGUUCUAUUCUGUUGCAUUCUGUUUCAGUCCCGUCCAGUCCAGUCCAGUCAAGUCCAGUCUAGCCUAGUUUAUUCUGUUCUGUUUCAGUCCAGUCCAGUCCCGUCCAUUCUAGUCUAGUUUGUUCUGUUCUGUUCUGUUCUGUUCUGUUCUGUUCUGUUCUGUUCCAGUCCAGUCCAGUCCAGUUUGUUUGUUAUUCUGUUCUGUUCUGUUCUGUUCGAUCGGUCCAGUCCAGUCCAGUCUAGUCUAGCCUAGUUUAUUCUGUUCUGUUUCAGUCCAGUCCAGUCCCGUCCAUUCUAGUCUAGUUUGUUCUGUUCUGUUCUGUUCCAGUCCAGUCCAGUCCAGUCUGUUCUGUUCCGUUCCGGUCCGGUCCGGUCCAGUCCAGUCCAGUCUAGCCUAGUUUAUUCUUUUCUGUUCUGUUCUGUUCUGUUGCAGUCCAGUCCCGUCCCGUCCAUUCUAGUCUAGUUUGUUCUGUUCCGUUCCAGUCCAGUCCAGUCCAGUCCAGUCUAGUUUGUUCGUUAUUCUGUUUCGUUAUUCUAUUCUAUUCUAUUCUGCCCUGCCCUGCCCUGCCCUGCCCUGUCCUGUUCUGUUCUGUUCUAGUUCUUUUCCAGUUUAGUCUAGUUUGCUCUAGUCUUGUCUAGUUCUGUUCUGUUCUGUUCACCUAGUAUAGUCUAGUAUAGUCUUGUUAUUAAAAUUAGUUCCAACAUAAUCAGAUAUAAUCUACUGCACUGUUAAAGAAUGAACAGAGCUAAUUUAUUAUGUCAGAAUUAUAGUUCAUUAGAAUAAAAUAUAUUAGAAUAUUACAAUUUAAGAGUGAUUUAGAAAUGCUCUGAAAUUUGUAAUUUGAAAUUGUACAUAUGAGUGCAUUUCUUGGUAAUACAACUACUGCUCUGUGUGUAUAAUUCCCCUACAGCCAUACAUGAAGAUAACCAUAAAAAAAGGAUAUUUAUAAUUUUACACUGCAGUCACGCCUUGUUCUUUUGUAACUAGUCAUUCGUGAAAGAUGCUGCACAGUUUGAUGACUUAGCAUGUAACAUUGGCUUUGGGUUCCACUCUGUUCUUUGCACCUGUGUCCAGUCUGGUUAUCUGGCAUUAGUCACUCGGCACAGGACACUUCUGCUCUUCUUUGCCAACGGCUUGAUUUGUAAACAACAGAGCAUGUUUCCGAGAAAGCGGUGGAAAUGGCCUGCUGAGUAUCCAAUUAUAAGUUCAUUUGAGAGAACCCUGAUAGAAUAUAAUAAUAGUGGCUGAUUGUAGGAAGAUGAAGUAGAUCCUUCUUACUGGUCUGUAAAAAUUGUUCAGCCAUUAAUCUUUUUUUAUGCUCUGCUCCAGCAUGCUUGAAUGUAUUUUAAAUGCAUCUUGCCACUGAUUCAGUUUAGGCCGAUCGGUGUUGUUUGUAAUCCUUUUGGCAUUUAGAGUUUAAUCUACAAAUUCAGAAGACAUACAGUACAUGUCAAUUCGUGGCCAAGUGAUGUCCAGUUUUGGAAACUUUACAUCUGUGAAAUAAAAUGCUUUUUAUUCAAAUACAUUAUUCAUAUUUUGUUUACGUGUUGUGCUUGGAGUAAAGUUCAGCUUUGACAAGAAUUUAGGGAGGCUUGGCAAAAAAAGAACACACAACACAUGUUAAAAGCUUACUGAGUCAAAGCCAAUGAGAAUGACUGCUGUUGUCAAAAACAAGACAGGGAAAUAUUUGAAAUAUUAAAUAAAAAUAUGAAUAACUGAUAGAAUGGAUAGUUAAAAAUGUAUUUGUAUGCACACACACAAUCUGUGUUAUUAUGUGUAUGCCAAGCCUCCAGUGUCAUUAACAGAUCUCUGUUUAAAGCAGAAUUCAUUCUUGCAUGCAUAAUAUGCCAUUACACAACAUUUGUUUUUAUUCUUUUUCCUUUUUGCUUUGCCAUUUGCGUGUUUUUAAUCUGCUGAGAUUAUCCGUCGUUAUUUUUUCUCAGUAUUCACUGAAGCUUUCAGUGAAACAGAUUUCCUGUUGUUUGGGGAGGCAGAGUUUACGAAACACUUCCACUGAGCAGAUGUUUUUAAUAUAAUGCUGUACAUACUGGGGCAAGGCUGUUUGUAAGAUCUGGGCACUAACUAGAUCUGCAUGUUAUAUUUAAUACAAGUCUGAGCAACAUACGUUGAACAUACAUACAUAGAACAAGAGCGGACUUUUUGCUCAAUUCCUAUACUAUAUUAUCUGUAUUAUUGAGUCUUGGGGUGUCGCAGUACACAAGUAUUGACAAUAAUCAUUAUAUUAAUAAUCGCGAUUACUGAUAUUGUGUUAAUGCGACACAUGCUGUAUAAUAGCCUAGUACUUUACAUAAUUCAGUGCCAGUUGACAUCUGGUUGACACUCCAACAAAGUAGGUGGUGAUUUUGCACCCAUUUAACAUUGCUUUAACCCUUAAGCUUUUCCGGUCAUUUUUGAUCGUUUUCGAUUAAUUGUUUUUGUGAUUAAAAUAGUUUAUUCUAUCAGCACAGUUCAAGAUUCUGGGACUUGAACAAAAUAAUAAAAAAUUGGCUUCACUCGAUGAUGCGGUAGUACACAACAUGGUCUGUAUAAGGCUGUUUGGGUAAAAAAUGAACAGCCAUAUAAAAUAAAAAAAUAAAAGAAAUAAAGUCAUACAGGUUUGAAAUGACAAAAGGGUGAGUAAAUGAUGACAGAAUUUUCAUUUUUUUGGGUGAACAACAUUUGGCUGGACAUUAAUAAUAGCAUAUUUAAUUAAUUUUAUGUAUUUAUAUUUCCAAAAAUGGUAAUACAUAUUGUGAUAAUAUUGUAAUUGUAGAUUAUUUUGGACCCUAUAAGAGUGCAGUGAACAUUUGCAGAACACAAAAGAAGAUAAAGUAUUUUGAAGGCCCCAUUGACUUCCAUCUUAUGGAAACAAAACCAAAAUGCCUUAUUUUGCAUUUCACUGAAGAAAGAGUCAUAUACAUACAUAUACAUUUUGGGUAAUAAAUCAUGGGGGGUGAACUAUCCCUUUAAUCAGUCACAGUUUAUAUGUGACAAGAUUGUAGCGGUUUUAGCUGCAUGUUAAAAUAAUGAUGAGCUUCGCUCACCAAAUAUGAUUCCCCACCAGAUCUAUCAAGAUCAUGUCCAUGAAAUGAGUUAUUUAAAACGUCAAUUUCAGUCAAGGAAUUAGUUUAGCUCAAAGGAAAAUAUGUAUAAUAAUCGUUAUUAAAUAUACAUAUUUUACAGUCUCUGAUUAGUAAUAUAAAGUAUAACAAUACUUGUAUGUAUUCAUCCAGCGAAUGCAUCAAUGAUAUUAUACACUUUACGUUAUCUCAUGGCCAUAAGUAACGUGACUUUACCAAACAGGAUUUAGAGCAAAGGUAGCAUAAAUCCAAUACAGUUAAAGGGACCAAGUAUGUGAGCGUGAGCACAGAAAACCUGUCACAAAUGAAUAUAUGGUUGUUUAUUAAACUAUACUCUACAUGGUAAACAUAAUGAUCACAUAAACACAAACAAUACAUGAAACACAAACGCGCUAGGGCGGAGAGAGAAAGAGAGAGAGAGUGAGUGAGAGAAAGCAUGGCAGCGAUUUCUGAAUCUUUAACAAAGAGGCACAAACUUAACGCAGCUAUUCUAUAAAUAGAAACGGAUACUUGCGAGCUCUGUGCUGGAUGUAUAUCCGUAUGCGCUUGGAGAGAUGGAAAUGUUCAAAUGGUUUCAGAAUGCGGUCCUGCUGAAAAGUUCCGGGCCUCGUGACCAGCCGCAUGGCUCAUCAAGGUGUGCGACGCAGCAGAAGUCCAUUGUUCCUUCUUUUCCUCCAGUGGGGGAAAAGGCAGUCUCCGAAGAGACACCACAAACCAGUUUCUGAUGAGGGCAGGUAUAGAGAAAAAAGGCCAAGCUGCGUUUUCAGAGCAAGCUCGAUAUUUGACUUCACGAGAGGGCAUGCCCACCUGAGUUUGAAUCGACCAAUCAGAGUUGAGCAGGGAAGAGGUUCUUUGUCCACUCAACAGCUAAUUUGCAUCUUUAUGACCUCCUAGCAACUUUACAAAAUACCAGUCCAAAUUAUAACAUAAUGAAAAUAAAGUGUUCUAUGGUCACACAAUAUAUAUAAAUAAGGAGGAAUUGUAAAGGCAAACAUUUAGAUAUCAAAUAUGCCGGGUUUGAAUUGCAUCAAGUCAUGAUUCAUUCGGAUGUACGAAUACAAACAAAGCCUGAAUUAAACUUGCCUAUUUAACAGUUACAGAUUAUUUAAAAUGGCAAGAGCGCCAACAUAUAACCUAGAUAUUUACAUAUACAGUAUUAGAAACAGACAGUUUAGUGUAGUUUUGUCAGAGAAGUUUCUCUGGAUAAACUACAGGUGAGACAAAACAGAGAGACUUCUCACAUCUCCUUUUGCUUGCUUUGAAGCUUAGGAGUCGUAAAUAUCCCACGGAGAAACAAAAGGGGUUAUCAACACUUUCAGUGAGAGCACCAACCUAAAUCCAUCCCCCCCUGGACUCAGGUCUUUUGAUGUUGAUAUCAAGAAACCAGGACAAAAGAGAGUGGAGGGGGUUUAUGGCUCUUCUUUUAAUGAUUCCGACCAUUUGGCUUAUGCCAAGUCUCUACAAGAUAUUGGAGUAUAAUUCUGGCAUGGUUAUACUGUCAGAAAUGAAAACUAGAUUUUAUUUUCAUAUCCCACUGUAUAUGCACAUCAGUUUAAUUGAGCAGCAUAAAUCUAAUGGAGCUUAUCCAAACAAAAUCUGUGUGCCCAUUCCAAGAGUCAUAAAAUGUGUAAGGUCUCUCCACUAAAGGUCAGAGCAAUUUUGAUGCAGCAUUGACUUAAGAUACAAUUCAUUGACUGGCCGCUAGAGACUGGCUCCAAAACAGAGCAGAAUCUCAUUGAGCCCCAUGUUAAAAUGCCCAACUUUAUAGCAGAAAAAACAUGUUUACAGCCUGGUACAAAAAAUUAUUUUGGACUAUAGCUAGUCAUCCGUUAAAAUUUUAUUAAGCCUUAAAAUUCUGCAAUAUAUAUGGGUGGGGCCACUUGAGUGACAGGUGGGUUCAUCAACCAGGCACCUCAGCUCCACCCAAGUCCCGCCUUUUUGCCCAUUUUCGAUAUUUGUGGAGUGACACGUGGUGACGCGCUGCCAAGAUGGUGGCGACCAGCUCCGCCCACUUUAUGGUUCAAAAUUGCUCUUCACAGUUCUGCGGGUGAUGUCACAGACACUACGUCCAUGUUUUAUACAGUCAAUGCCCAAAACCCGAAAAUUGCUAACAUUCUUCCAAAUAUCUUUCAAAGGAAGAGAAGAAAUGUAUACAGGUUUGGAACAACUUGAGGGUGAGUAAUUUAUGAAAGAAUUCUUUUUUGGGUGAACUAUCCCUUUAAUACUCAAGACAAAUUUACAAUAGCGUAUUCAUAUAUAGAUGUGCAUACUGUACUAUUGUACAGUCAAGUACUUUAUAUUACAUUAUAUGGAUUUAUAUAGAAUAUACAUUGUCAAAUACUUUGUCUAACAAUCCGUGCCCAUCACAUUCUCUCUCUCCCUCUUUCUCUCUCUCUCCAGUGAGAUGAAGCAGGCGCUGGUUGAGGAGGGCAGUCGGUGUCUUCUGCUUUCGCGUCAACAGAGGUUUAAUGAACGCUGCUGCAUUCGCUGCUGUUCGCCCUUCAGCUUUCUGCUCAACCCCAAGCGCUCCUGCCUGGACUGCCACUACAACGUCUGCAAGGACUGCUGUACCUACAGUAGGAAGGAUAAAGGCUGGCUGUGCUCCGCCUGCCAGAGGAGCAGGUUGCUGAAGAUCCAGUCACUGGAAUGGUUUUACAAUAAUGUGCAAAGGCGUUUUAAAAGAUUUGGCAGCGCCAAAGUGUUAAAGAACCUCUACAGGAGGCAUGCAGCAGAGCGUGGAGUGCUAGCAGAGCUUACAGAGGGCAGCACUUAUGAGGAGGAGGGCAUCUACAAUGAAGGCAGCGUGUAUGAGAGCGACUCUGCAUUCUACAGGCAAAGUGAAGAGCGCAGCAUGGCUGAGACUAUUAACGUUGCACUGCGGGUGGCAGAAGAGGCCAUAGAUGAGGCCAUUGCUAAAGCUGAGAGCAAGACUAACAGUCAAGAAAAGCAGAGUGAAGCUCAUUAUCUGCGAGAGCACAGAGGAGAGCUGAUAGAGGAACUGGCCACAACUAUAGUACAGAAAAUUGUCCAGCGGAGGAGGGAUCUGUCUGAGAUGCAGUCUGGUAAUCAAGUUUCUCCUGAUCAAGCUAAGAGUGCCAUCAAUGCAUCUCUCUGGAGAUCUCACUCAGCUUUCUGCCUUUUGCCUGAUGAGAAAGUGGACCAGCAGGGCAAAAUUGAGUCCAAGCCUUCAGCCUUUCAAGGUCAUGCUCUGGAAAUGAAGAAAGAAGGAACAAUGCCUGUCCAGGUCUUGCCUAGCUGGAGGAGUGUUGACCGAUUGGACAAUUCCAUGUUACAGAGCCCUGAUGGGAACUGGAUCGCUUGCCAGAACACCCUACUGUCUCGUCCAAGCCUUUUAACCAAGCGUAAAAGCCUGGUCUACAGCGCCUUGGAAAGGGAAUCCGGUGUGGUGUCCGCUUAUGAUGAGAUGGGCUCAGAAACAGAGACUGAGUCUGACGGAGUCUGGGGCGCGGCUCUGCAAGAACUUCGCCUUAAGAUGUCUGCCAACAAGCAGUUGAGUUAUCCUGAGUCUUACAGUCAUCAGUCAACCUUGCCUUUGGAUGCACAAACCCAAAAGUCUACUGCUGAUAUUGAGAGCUCCCCUGGUGAGGAUGGACCGUCGCAUAAAUCCCACAAAUCUCUACUGCCCUUCCUGAAAAGGAAAGUGCCACUGGACCACAGACGACCCUCGUCUGCUCGUCGCCCAAGCAUUAUGGAUGUUAAUUUCAACCCAGGAGGGGCAGAGAGCAGCGAUGAUGGCCUAGAGGACAGCAGGGUCAAGAGGUCACGCAGGAGGAAGAAGAGUAAGAGAGAGGACGCAGAAUGGAAAGGACAGCCAGUGUUGUCUUUACCGGAUUGCAGUAGCCAACUCUCAGAUGCUCUGGUGAAGAAUCUGUACUUAAAACAAGACCCAGUUUUGUGUGAUAAAAGUGAUCAGGAUCUGGAAGCUGAUGCUUCAGACACUGCUACCCCUGACAUCUUGAGUUCUGGAGCAGUGACCCCUGAACCAUUUGGACUUGAUCUCAGAACUCACAGCAGUGUGGAUCACAGAGCCCAAGGUUUGGUUGAAUCUUUAGAUCAGGAGUUGACCUCCAAAUUGAGAGAGCUGAACAGUCAAGUCAGAGAAACACAACUUUCUUCCACUGAGGAUGAAUUGGACAGGUUGGAUCAUCAAAUCAGAGCUCAAGAAAAUGAAAGAAAAGCAGAAGGAGAUGAUGUUAUAGAAGAUGCUACAUUUGCUAUUGAGGUUGAUUUAACAGAAAGAACGAAUGAAACUGAAGCGGCAUAUCAUCAAAUAACAACAGAGAAGCUGGAGGACGACGAGUUGACCUCUAAACUUAAAGAGCUAACCAGUCAAGUCAAUGAGACGCAGCUUUCUUCUACUGAAGAUGAAUUGGACAGGUUUGAGGAUCAAAUUGAAUUUGAUGUCUCAACUCAAACAAUCAGAAUCGAGACGCUGGAAUCAGAUGAUAAUAAGACAGAUAAUCAAAACAGAUUGAUACAAUAUCAAGAGAAACCCCAAAGUCAUGUAGAGAAGAUGGCUGAAAAAGCAGAAGAAGAGAGAUCAGAGAAAAGGCCCGGGGAAAUGGUAUCAGAAAAAGACAUCAGUGAGCGAAAUGUUGUGAACGAGACGUCGAAAGAUAUUACCACUGGCAGCCAGAAACAAGAACUACCUAUGACAGACGCACAAGAGAAGAAAGCCAGAAAGAGGACUGAGAAGACGAAGAGCCAAAGACAAGUCCAGACUGAAGAAAGAAGCUCAGCUGACGGUGAACAGAGCGGAGCUGAGAAUAUAGAGACUGUGAUUCAAACGGAGGAGGCUUUAUCCAGUGAACUGUCUUCAAGUAGAUUGCUUAUUGAGGAUGGAGAGGUGGAAUUUGAUAAGAUCAUCGAUAUUGUAGCGAAGGCUUUGGAUGACAUGGAAGACAAGUCAGAAGCUUAUUGUGGUGAGGGGGUAUUUUUAGAGGAGAGUGAGGCAGAGAAACGAGAGAUGACGGAAGAUAAGGCAGAGCAGGAGACGGUAACUGAGGGUGUAAGACAUGAAAUGGAGGACGGCGUGGAUGUUGAGCAAUCUUUUGUUGCUGGAAGGUCGAAGGAGGUUCACGAAAAAGAAACGGGGGAGAUCAACAAAGUUGUGGCAAUUGAGAACAGCACUGUUGUUGAAACAUCAAAAGAGAUGCUUCUACUGAAAGAUGCAAACAGUCAAGGUGACGCUUCAGACACUGAGAAAAGAGUGCAGCAGAGAUCUGUUCGGCAUAGCGCACCAUCUGGUCAGGAGGAGUAUCUCUCACCAGAGGAGAUCUGUAAGGAUUCACACAUACUGGACAUAGGGACAAAUAUACAUUUUGUCGCCAAUAUACUUCAACAGAAGUACUCAGCUGCAUCACUGCGUAGCAUCACCACAGAGGUGCUGAAGGUGCUAAACGCUACAGAAGAUCUGAUUCACGGAUCUAUGGGAGACGGCCGAAGCCAGCCAGAUCACAGUGACCUCACGACAGUUCCCCCAGCGGAGGCCAAAAGACUAGACGAGCAGCUCAGCCGACUGGAGGAGAAUGUGUAUGUGACUGCAGGUACAGUGUUCGGGCUGGAGGCUGAACUGGGGGAUCUGGAGGAGUGUGCCCGUAGCAUCAGUGCAUCCACCUCUGAAGGAGAGCUCGCUCACCUGGAGGAUCAGGUGGCCUCAGCAGCAGCCCAGGUGCAGCAGUCUGAGCUCCAGGUUUUGGACAUUGCAGCAAGAAUUGCUGCCUUGAAACAUGCAGGUCUUAAUGUUGCACCGCAGACCCAGUUUUCCAAUGUCAAGACUACAGUAACUAAGACACAAACCCUUGGCUCAUCCCGCAAACUAAGGCGGCGACUGCCAGCGCCUCCAACACAAGAUAAAGAAGCUUAAAGAGGAUUGUGGGAGAUUUAAGAAGCAUCAAUUCAGAGUUUAAUGACUGCUAACCAAACACAGCUCCGGAUCACAUGUGCCUUAAGGCUAUGGCUCAUAGAAAAUGUUCAAUGGCAACAAACUUCAGUUCAAAUUGACAGAUUUGUUACUGAUGUGGUAAUGUCAUGUUACAACGAAAGGUAACAAUCAGUAUCACAACACCCCAAAAAUAGAUGAGGUUGUUUUAUUCAUUCUUAUUUAUGAAUUUUGAUCUAAAUGAUUCAUGUGAUAUUACAUGUAUGUGAUAUUAUAUAAUCUAAUGUGGAAGUGUAUUUGAACAUACUGUAUAGCUGUGAAUCAAAGAAACACAAUUGUAAGAACUUUAAUUUAAUUGACAUUUUUUAAUGAUUUUGUCUGAUAUGAAUCAAUAAUCCAGAACACACAGACUUUUUAAUGGCUGAAACAUUCUGCUCUGGAUUAGAUUUGAUAAUAUAGAGAUAUUACAAGCUAAACUUACAAAGUUAAUGUGUAAAUGAUACUUGUAAAUGAAAAAAUGUACAUUUUUGUAGUUUGAUUAUAUUUAGGUUAUACUUAAUUGUUGGACAAUAAAUUAAUGACAUGAACAGUGUCUUGUGGAUAUGUUCCAGUCAAUUAAAAAUGACCCCAAUAAUUGUAUUAAAUUCCUUUGUUGAAAUGCAUCCAUUUGUGUAAAUGAAUUAUACAAAUCACAAGACACAAUUAUCAAAUACAGAAACUGUAAGUAUUGCUUUGUAUGAAAUUAUCAUUCUUUUUAGAUCAGUGUGUGUAUGUUUCUUGAGGAAUGUUGUGUUGCAGGUGUAAGAAUAAGUAUGUGUGAUCGACUCAUUGUAACUCAUCACGUCUCUGACAUAUUUCCAAGACAUUUUAAUGAAAAACCUUCCAUACAACCAC